CUCAGUCAGUAGACAACACAUCCGAGAGAGCUCGCUGGUCAACUACGCAUCAAUAUUCCUCUUUCUUAAAUUAGCCACGUUAAGCUUCGCGAUACCGCCCCCAAUUUCAGUGUCGGUACGGAGCCGCCAGGCCGGGACAGAGACGGAGAGAGAGCCCUCGGCCAUGGAAGCGCUCGGACCCGUACCCUCUCCGCCCCCCCCUCCAGGCCCGCCGACCCCGGCUCCCUCUCCGUUCCAGCCCCCCCGGCGGCCCGGCCUGGGCACGGUGGGGAAGCCCAUCCGCCUGCUGGCCAACCACUUCCAGGUGCAGAUCCCCAAGAUCGACGUGUACCACUAUGACAUCGACAUCAAGCCCGAGAAGCGGCCGCGGAGGGUCAACAGGGAGGUGGUGGACACCAUGGUCCGCCACUUCAAGAUGCAGAUCUUCGGUGACCGGCAGCCGGGCUACGACGGGAAGAGGAACAUGUACACGGCCCACCCGCUGCCCAUCGGGAGAGACCGGGUGGACCUGGAGGUGACCCUGCCCGGCGAGGGGAAGGACCAGACCUUCAAGGUGUCCCUGCAGUGGGUGUGCGUGGUGAGUCUCCAGAUGCUGCUGGAGGCCCUGUCGGGGCACCUCAACGAGGUCCCGGAGGACUCGGUGCAGGCCCUGGACGUCAUCACGCGACACCUGCCCUCCAUGAGGUACACUCCUGUGGGGCGCUCGUUUUUCUCCCCCCCAGAAGGCUACUACCACCCCCUGGGGGGGGGGAGGGAGGUGUGGUUCGGUUUCCAUCAGUCUGUCCGUCCUGCCAUGUGGAACAUGAUGCUCAACAUCGACGUGUCGGCCACGGCGUUCUACCGGGCCCAGCCGGUCAUAGAGUUCAUGUGUGAGGUGCUGGACAUCCAGAACAUCAACGAGCAGACCAAGCCCCUCACGGACUCCCAGCGCGUCAAAUUCACCAAGGAAAUACGAGGUCUUAAAGUGGAGGUCACACACUGCGGUCAGAUGAAGAGGAAGUACCGUGUGUGCAACGUUACCCGCCGUCCUGCCAGCCACCAGACGUUCCCCCUGCAGCUGGAGAACGGCCAAGCCAUGGAGUGCACGGUGGCCCAGUACUUCAAGCAGAAGUACAGCCUGCAGCUCAAGUACCCCCACCUGCCCUGCCUGCAGGUGGGGCAGGAGCAGAAGCACACCUACCUGCCCCUCGAGGUGUGUAACAUUGUGGCCGGCCAGCGCUGCAUCAAGAAGCUGACAGACAACCAGACGUCCACCAUGAUCAAAGCCACUGCCCGUUCUGCCCCAGACAGACAGGAGGAGAUCAGCCGACUGGUGAGUGACGGCGCCCUCCUCUGGACAGGGGUGAAGAGCAACAGCAUGGUGGGGGGUCCCGACCCGUACCUGAAGGAGUUUGGCAUCGUGGUGCACAACGACAUGACGGAGGUGACGGGUCGGGUGCUGCCCGCGCCCAUGCUGCAGUACGGGGGUCGCGUCGGCAGCGACUCGGGCCGGGACUGUGGCAGGGGACUCUCUCCGCAGAAUAAGACGGUGGCCACGCCCAACCAGGGCGUGUGGGACAUGAGGGGGAAGCAGUUCUACGCCGGCAUCGAGAUCAAAGUGUGGGCGGUGGCCUGCUUCGCGCCGCAGAAACAGUGCCGGGAGGACCUGCUGAAGAGCUUCACGGACCAGCUGAGGAAGAUCUCCAAGGACGCGGGGAUGCCCAUCCAGGGCCAGCCCUGCUUCUGUAAAUACGCCCAGGGGGCGGACAGCGUGGAGCCCAUGUUCAAACACCUCAAGAUGUCCUACGUGGGCCUGCAGCUCAUCGUGGUCAUCCUGCCCGGCAAGACCCCCGUCUAUGCGGAGGUGAAGCGUGUGGGAGACACCCUGCUGGGAAUGGCCACCCAGUGUGUCCAGGUGAAGAACGUGGUGAAGACCUCCCCCCAGACCCUGUCCAACCUCUGCCUGAAGAUCAACGCCAAACUGGGGGGCAUCAACAACGUCCUGGUGCCGCACCAGAGGCCCUCUGUGUUCCAGCAGCCAGUCAUCUUCCUGGGGGCGGACGUCACGCACCCGCCGGCGGGCGACGGGAAGAAGCCGUCCAUCGCGGCGGUGGUGGGCAGCAUGGACGGACACCCCAGCCGCUACUGCGCCACCGUCCGCGUCCAGACGUCCCGGCAGGACCUGUCCCAAGAGCAGCUGUUCAGCCAGGAGGUGAUCCAGGACCUGACCAACAUGGUCCGGGAGCUCCUCAUCCAGUUCUACAAGUCCACGCGCUUCAAGCCCACCCGCAUCAUCUACUACCGGGGGGGCGUGUCCGAGGGCCAGAUGAAGCAGGUGGCGUGGCCGGAGCUGAUCGCCAUCAGGAAGGCGUGCAUCAGCCUGGAGGAGGACUACCGGCCGGGCAUCACCUACAUCGUGGUCCAGAAGCGCCAUCACACCCGCCUCUUUUGCUCCGACAAGUCCGAGAGGGUUGGGAAGAGCGGGAACGUCCCGGCAGGAACCACGGUGGACAGCACCAUCACACACCCGUCCGAGUUUGACUUCUACCUGUGCAGCCAUGCAGGCAUCCAGGGCACGAGCCGGCCCUCCCACUACCACGUCCUGUGGGACGACAACUGCUUCACGGCGGACGAGUUGCAGCUGCUCACCUACCAGCUGUGCCACACCUACGUGCGCUGCACCCGCUCCGUGUCCAUCCCCGCGCCCGCCUACUACGCCCGGCUGGUGGCCUUCCGCGCACGCUACCACCUGGUGGACAAAGACCACGACAGUGCGGAGGGCAGCCACGUGUCGGGCCAGAGCAACGGCCGGGACCCCCAGGCGCUGGCCAAGGCGGUGCAGAUCCACUACGACACCCAGCACACCAUGUACUUCGCCUGAACACCACCAGACGCCAGCUCCCUUUUCCCCACUUCCCCGCCCCCUUUCUCUCCUCUCUCUUCCGUGUCUGUCCUCCCCCCCCCCCACUACCUUAAACCUCCCUUUUUUUAUUGUUUCUCUAUCACUGUGUCUCUCUCCCUCCCCGCCGUCGGUUAUCUAUGUCUCUCUCCCUUCUUUUUGUUGAGGAUCCUCCCUGACGAGGCCUCAACUCUGCCAUCUUUCUUCGCCCUCCUGGCACCUUUCUGUUCGAACUGGGGGUGG